AUGCUCAACCCUGCCCCCUAUCAGCAUCUAAGAAAAUACAAGGUCACAGAGGCAACCUUGCAGUAUGGUAUGGCUCACACUUGUGAGCCAUACCAUGUCUUUCACUGCAAUGAGGGGUGGGAGGAGGUGCCACCCAAUGAUGCCAUUGGGAGGCUUGGGGACCUCUAUGUCAAGGAUGGGCCGGGGAAGGCGCUGCACACCUUUGCCAAGGUGGAAGUAGAGGGGGAAGGAAGGAGGUGUCGAGUAGCGCCUGGACACCAGUCUCUGGUGCAUCAUCCAGUGCACAAGAGUCUGGUGCUCCUGGAGAGGGAUGGAGUGGUGGGAUGGGCACAUCUAAAGGCAAAGCCGAGCACAUCCAGGCUGGCUGCAUCAAGUAGCCCCAUGAGGGCCCCAACAGGCUUGGCUGUGUCAGGUUGGAAGCAGUGCUGCUCUCCUGCUGGGCCAAAGAACUCAAGCCUGAUCAAGGGCAAGGGGAAGGGGAAGGGGAAAGGGAAGGGGAAGUGGAAGGACAAGGGAAAGGCCUUGUUUACCAGUACAUUUUUUGUGGAGAGGGAGGAUGACUCUGAUGAAGAAGAUGAGCUUGACAGCAGGUUCGAGUCAGAGGAGAGGGAGGAGUCCUUGUUGCUGCCUCCCAAGAGGCAAAGGGUAAGGGUGGAGUGGCUGCACACAUGGGCUGUGGAAGGGAUUGGAUCUUCCCAGGGAACAAGCAUCAAUAAUGGGGAGAUCUUCGGCCUGGGGGAGGAGAAGGUCAUGGAGCAGGACCUCUCCUAUGAGAUUGAGGAGAGGAUGGAGCUGCACUGGGCAUAUAUGCAAGUGCUGGAGACUGUGGAAGAGCUGGAGGAGGAGCAGCAUGAGCUGCAAGAGGAGAUUUGGGUAGAGGUGGGAGAGGUGGAGGUGCAGGUGGGCCUGAGGUACCAGACAGAUACUGUUGCCUCUCUGCCAAUGGCAGCUGCUACCAAGAUGCUUGAGCUCUCAAGAGUGAGGGGAGAAGCAGAGAGCUUUGAUCCCACCUUUGGUGCAGAUGGACAAUCAAUGCUCAACAAGCAUUGGGAGAAGACAGAGGGCUGGGAAGGGGGGGACAUGGGUAGCCCCAUACUUGGAGAUUCCACUUCCUCUCAUGAUGGGCUGGCUGAUCUGAGGGAGGAACCCCUCAAUCCCAUUGAUUUCUACUUCUCUGAGCCACAUGACCCUUGCUUGAGCCAUCUCACCUUGCCCUUGAGCAAGGUGUCAAUACAGAUGCAUGCCAAUAUGGAGAAGUGGCAGAACACUUGGUUACUCUUGGCCUUCAGGGAUUGGCUUGCCUGUGGGCACCUGGCUACUAUGUCAGGUGCCUUUGGCUGCAAAGUCAUCAAGGCUGCCAUGUCUAGGGAAGCACACAUCAAGCCCUUCCCUACCUUCAGCAUCAUGGCCUUCAUCAAGAGCCCAGGCUUCCUGGCAUCACCUGACAAAGGGGUGACAGUCUCCAUGGUCAAAUCUACCAUGGUUGGGGAUGAAGUCCCCAAAGCCAAAGUCCUGCAGAGCUGGAUCCACCAUGGUGCCCAGGGGUUUAAUCCCCAUUCAAAGGUCCUAUCCCACGGUGUGUUUGAUAUCCUGGCUUCCCCUCAAGGCAUGGGAAAAAUCAGCUUUGGUGUACCUGAUGCAGUGCUUCAGGUGUUGGUGGAUGUUCAUCUGCCAACAAGAGAUAUCUAUGUCUCUACAUUGUUCAUGGGGAAGGGAAGCCUGACACUUCCCCAUAUCAACCUCAUAUUCUGUCAUGUCACAGAGCUUGCAGUGAGGCAUGAGCUUGAUGGUGUGCCUGACAAGCUCUGGUUCCUUGCCCUGCCAACCUCAAAGAACUUGGCCCUCCUAUCAAGAACAGUUCAAGGCACCACAGGGCAUGACUAUGGAGCUCAGCUCAUUGCUGAGCUUGAAGAUCUUUACUGGGUCUGCCAGAUGGAUGACAUAGGCUUCAUCCUCCCUGCCAGCUGGAUCCAUUGUGUUCAGUCCUUUGCCAUCUUGCUCCAUACUGGCUUCAAGUUUGUCUGCAACCUUCACCAAGAAGAGGCUCACAAGUAUAUUCAAUGGAUCAUUCAGCAACUGUCAAACAUUGGAAUGGAGAAGACUGGGCAGGAGAUGAUCAAGGUGUUGGAGGAGGACCUGGCACACUGGGCACAUGUUAGGUCAGCGCAGGCAUGGGUGAGAGAGGCCUGA